GUCCUGUUCAAGCAGGGUGUUGAGAUCCAACUGCAGCUGAAGGUUGUUGCAAUGGCCAACAGCCAAGGACACAUGCAUUUGUGAGGAUGGGUUUUGAGGGGAGUUCUGCACCUACAGCCCGUUGAAGAGGUGGGCAGGAAAAACUAACUGCAGCUUACAGCUGUUUGCAGGACAGCUAAUAAGGACGGUGGUGCCAUCUUCCUCAUUGGAGUGGAUCACAGAGCAGCAGGUCGAUGGCUGAACAGCUGCUUGCGGGGCUGAGGCAGGACCAGGAGUAACGCACUCGGCAGCGGGGCAGGGAGAACGACAGUGGGCCAGCCCCAAGCCAGACGCGGGCCCGGCCAGCGCCAGAGGCUGCGUCCAACCGGCCCCGCCCCAUCAGGGAGCGUCGGCAACCACCGAGCAAAUGAGGGACGGCAAAACAGCGCCUCGACCUUGCCGUCCGCGCUCCGGCGCUGGGCGGACGAGGCGGUGCUGUCCCGGCGGGAGGCGGGGCGGCGCCGGGCGGCACGGCUCCAAGAUGGCGGAGUACGUGGAGGUGCUGAAGAGGGCAAUGAAGCACCUCGGCGGCCACGGCGGCGUCCGCGGUGCCAUGUGGCAGCUGCUGAGGGUCAAUGAUUUGAAGACUGGUACGCUGGUAGGAACUGACAAAUAUGGAAACAGAUACUAUGAAGACAAAAGAAACUUCUUUGGUCGCCACAGAUGGGUCAUCUAUACUAAUGAAAUGAAUGGCAAAAAUACGUUUUGGGAAGUUGAUGGAAGCAUGGUGCCCCCUGAAUGGCAUCGCUGGCUUCACUCAAUGACGGAUGACCCUCCAACUACUCAUCCACCAGUUGCUCGGAAGUUUAUCUGGGAGAACCAUAAAUUCAAUCUGAGUGGCACUCCUGGACAGUACGUACCUUACUCCACUACUCGCAAGAAGAUACAAGAGUGGGUCCCGCCUACAAUGGCUAGCAAAUAACAACAAAAACGUGACUUCACCUCAGCUUCAGCUUUCAGCAUAAAUUGUAUUUUCACUGGUUUUAUUCAGAAUAAAAGCCUCCUACAACAGCUUUAA